AUGCAGAGAAACUUCGGUGGAAAAUCCAGCUGGCGCCGGUCAGCCUCUGAGCGCACAGCGUUGAGCUUAUUAGCUACGAGCUCAGGACAGGUCAACAAUGAACGGCUCUAUCUGCCCCUGAAGCUGGGACAAGGGAAGAUAAAUAUCUUUUCCUUUGGCUUCCACGUGGUGGUGGAAACCGACUUUGGCCUGAAGGUCGUGUACGACUGGAAGACCUUCCUGUCCAUCACGGUGCCCCGCAGCAUGCAGAACAGCACCUACGGCCUGUGCGGCCGCUACAACAGCAACCCCGACGACGACCUGGAGAUGCCCAUGGGUCUGCUCGCGUCCAGCAUCAGUGAGUUUGGGCAGAGCUGGGUGAAAAGGGACACCUUCUGCCAGGUGGGCUGUGGGGACCGCUGUCCGUCCUGUGCCAAGGUUGAAGGUUUCUCCAAGGUGCAGCAGCUGUGCAGCCUGAUCCCCAACCAGAACGCCGGCUUCUCCAAGUGUCACAGCAAAGUCAACCCCGCCUUCUUCUACAAGAACUGCCUGUUCGAUUCUUGCAUCGACGGGGGCGCGGUGCAGACCGCCUGCAGCUGGCUGCAGAACUACGCCAGCACCUGCCAGACGCAGGGCAUCACGGUCACCGGCUGGAGGAAUUACACGUCCUGCUCCGUCACCUGCCCGCCCAACAGCCACUACGAGAGCUGCGUGAGCGUCUGCCAGCCGCGCUGCGCCGCCAUCCGCCUCAAGAGCGACUGCAACCACUACUGCGUGGAGGGCUGCCAGUGCGACGCCGGCUACGUCCUCAACGGCAAGAGCUGCAUCCUGCCCCACAGCUGCGGCUGCUACUCGGACGGCAAAUACUACGAGCCCAAGCAGCUGUUCUGGAACAGCGACUGCACGCGGCGCUGCCGCUGUUUCCGGCGCAACCUGAUCCAGUGCGACCCGCGCCAGUGCAAGUCGGACGAGGAGUGCGCCCUGCGCAACGGCGUGCGCGGCUGCUUCAGCACCAAGACCUCCUACUGCCUGGCGGCGGGCGGCGGCGUCUUCCGCACCUUCGACGGCGCCUUCCUCCGCUUCCCGGCCAACUGUGCCUUCGUGCUGUCCACCAUCUGCCAGAAGCUGCCCGACAUCUCCUUCCAGCUCAUCAUCAACUUCGACAAGUGGUCGUCCCCCAACCUCACCAUCAUUUCGCCCGUCUACUUCUACAUCAACGAGGAGCAGAUUCUCAUCAACGACCGGAACACGGUCAAGGUGAAUGGCACACAAGUGAAUGUCCCAUUUAUAACUGGUUUGGCAACCAAAAUCUACAGCAGCGAGGGGUUCCUGGUGAUCGACACCAGCCCUGACAUCCAGAUACACUACAAUGGUUUCAACGUCAUUAAAAUCAGCAUCAGUGAGAGGCUGCAGAACAAAGUGUGUGGCCUCUGUGGGAACUUCAACGGGGACCUGACAGAUGACUAUGUGACUUUGCGGGGAAAGCCGGUGGUGAGCAGCGUGGUGCUGGCCCAAAGCUGGAAAACCAAUGGCAUGCAGAAGAGCUGCAACGAGCUGCAGUUCUCACAGUACACAGCCACGUGUGACAAUGUGCACAUCCAGAAGAUGCAGGGCGAUGGCUACUGCCUGAAGCUCACCGACAUGAAGGGCUUCUUCCAGCCCUGCUAUGGGCUUCUCGAUCCCCUCCCCUUCUACGAGUCCUGCUACCUGGAUGGCUGCUACAACCACCAGAAGUUCCAGUUGUGCGGUUCCCUGGCCGCCUACGGGGAGGCCUGCCGCUCCUUUGGGAUCCUUAGCACCGAGUGGAUCGAGAAGGAGAAUUGCUCAGGAGUGGUUGAAGAUCCCUGUGUGGGGGCGGACUGUCCCAACAGAACCUGCGAGCUGGGCAACGGCGGGGAGCUCUGCGGCUGCAUCGAGCCGCCCCCCUACGGAAACAACUCAUAUGACAUUAUUGAUGCAGAGGUGACCUGCAAGGCGGCCCAGAUGGAAGUGUCCAUAUCUAAGUGCAAACUCUUCCAGCUCGGCUUCGAGAGGGAGGGCGUGAGGAUCAAUGACAGGCAGUGCACCGGCAUCGAGGGGGAAGAUUUUAUCUCCUUCCAGAUCAACAACACCAAAGGGAAUUGUGGAAACAUUGUGCAGUCCAAUGCCACUCAUAUCAUGUACAAAAACACGCUCUGGAUCGAAAGUGCCAACAACACUGGCAACAUCAUCACCAGGGACCGCACGAUCAAUGUGGAAUUUUCGUGUGCUUAUGAGCUGGAUAUCAAGAUCUCCUUGGAUUCCGUUGUGAAGCCUAUGCUAAGUGUCAUUAACCUGACAGUUCCAACCCAGGAAGGCAGCUUCACCACCAAGAUGGCGCUCUACAAAAAUGCCUCCUACAAACACCCGUACCGCCAGGGGGAAGUCGUGUUGACCACCCGAGAUGUGCUGUAUGUGGGGGUCUUCGUGGUCGGAGCUGACUCCACGCAUUUGAUCCUAACGCUCAACAAAUGCUAUGCCACCCCCUCCCGAGACAGCAACGAUAAGCUCCGGUACUUCAUCAUUGAAGGAGGGUGUCAGAACAUCAAGGACAACACCAUCGGCAUCGAGGAGAAUGGGGUCUCCCUAACCUGUCGCUUUCAUGUCACCGUCUUCAAAUUCAUCGGGGAUUACGAUGAAGUUCACCUUCACUGCGCGGUGUCACUCUGCGACUCAGAAAAGUACUCCUGUAAAAUCACUUGCCCACAGAAUUCCAGGACUGCCACAGGUUACACAAAAGAACCUAAAGAACAGAUCAUUUCAGUGGGACCUAUUAGGAGAAAAAGGCUGGACUGGUGUGAGGACAACGGCGGGUGUGAGCAGAUUUGCACGAGCCGGGUGGACGGGCCCCUGUGCAGCUGCGUGACAGGGACCCUGCAGGCGGACGGCAAGAGCUGCCGAGCCUCCAAUUCUUCAAUUGAGCUGCAAGUCUGGAUGCUUCUUCUCAUCAUAACCCAGAUUUCAUUAUGGCAUUUUGUCUAUAAAUCAGGCACAACCUCAUAAUUAACUCAAGGUUGCUAUAUAAAGUACUGUAAUUUACUUACUUCAACUCCCUGUAGGAUAAAAAGUGUGUGCCCUUAAGUCAAAACCUAUUCGAAAGUGUCCAGCAUCUCAAAGUGAUGCCACCUGCCUCCAACGGCCAGAGGUCCGGAAACGAGUGACAUUCCAAGCUCCUCCUCCACAGUACGCAACGGGGCUUCUAGAAGCCAGCUGUGGAACGCGUAUAUCUUGCCCAAAUUUCCCAAACAGUUGCCACUAGAACCUUUGGUUCACACAAAAAGCCAGGAAAGGAAAAAUAUUCUGGUCAGAGAAGUCUGACCGGAGAUCUGACCAGAGGACUCUUGUCAAGCCAGCGCUGUUUCUGGAUCACAGCUUUUACAGAGCGAGGCCUGUUGGAACAAUUUUGAAGUGAUGACUGGAAGGAGUGACUCCCUCUAAGGAACCUUUCUGAUGUUUGCAAGCGUCUGACCCAAGAUAUGCAUGUGUUGCCCCCUUCUGUUUAUGAUAAGUCCCUUCCCCACGCACUGUGUCCUUCAACCUUGCCAUGCCAGCCUUGGCCACUGGGGAUAUUGUGGACCUGGGCAGCCCCAUCCUGCCUCCUCAAACCCAGUCCUUCUCUUUUUACAAAUCAACCAAAUCAUUUUUAAUGUGUUUUAUCCUUAAAUAAACUUGUGUUCAAGUAUU